AUGCAAGCGUUACCACCUGGACAUCGAUGUAAACCGAGAAUCGGUAGAGUCGAAGUUGCUUGUCAAACCGAUGCUCUUGUAGCGGGGACUAAUAAUAAUAACAGUUCUACGCCAACCGUUUCACAGACGAAAUGCAACAACUUGGGGAUAUCGGGAACAGGAAAAACCAAUGAGCAAGCGGUCGAACAGCCAAAUGUUAAUAAGAAAAAUGGACAAGUUGCGCAUAAGGAACAUAAUAUUGCAGCCAUCAGUACAGCAAGUGUCGCGAAUUGUGAUGAAACUGGUGAAGGCACGUUGAUUUUAUGUAUUACCGGAUUUUCUAAAAUGAGUGACACUAUAUGUUCCCCCAAUCAACGAAUAAGAGGAGUACCAUGGAGGAUAAUGGUGAUGCCAAAACAACAUAUGGUGCAAAAGAAGUCACAAAAGUGUAUGGGGUUUUUCCUACAGUGCUGCCCAGAUAGGACAUAUUCAGAUGCAUGGUCAUGUAAAGCAGAUGCUGAAAUGCGAUUAUUAGCUGUUAAAUCUGGUGCUACUAAUUUUGUUAGGAAAACGAGCCACGUGUAUACAGCUAAAGAAAAUGAUUGGGGUUAUUCCUGCUUCAUGACAUGGGCGGAUGUUCUUGAUGAAAGUCAAGGGUAUAUACAAAAUGAUCAUGUCACAUUAGAAAUCACAGUAAAGGCUGAGUGGCCGAAAAAUAUGAUGACCAGAGCAGAUUUUUGUAAAAGUAUUGAUCAAUGGUAUAAUCUAGCUGAAAUGCAAAUGAGUAGGGGAUUAGUGGAUUUGUCUAUUGAAGCUAAUGCUCAAGCCUUGAAAUUUUGUAAGGAUAAGGAUAUUGAGAUGAAAGAGAAGUUAGAGAAGCAAAAAGAGCGGUUAGUAAAAAAGAAAGUGUUAGAUAGUAUCAAUAGGAUAGAGAAUAAAUCUGAAGCUCCUAAACCUGUUGAGCCUUUAAAACCCACCUCCCUUCGGCAAGCAUUAACCGGUGCUCAAAAAACUAUCGCUGCCAAAGGAGGAUCUAAAUCUUCUGGAAAAAAAGAUAAAAGGACCAUGCAGCAAUUGAAGAAGAAAAAAGCUGAGAUGAUCAAGGAUAAAGAGAUGAAAAAACGCAACGAAUCGACAGAAUGGCACGGAGAUGUAACUUCGGUUAACUCAGCUAGUUCUGAAGAUAAUGGUAAAUCACCGAUUUCCUCAUCACCGCCUGUCUCUCCAAAGGACAAAGCCGCUAAAGCAGAAGAGUUACCGACGAAGUUCGGAAGGAAAAGACCAUCUGAUGAUUGUUCGUCUACUACUGGCUGCGUGGGAGAGGACUGUAGCAGUGAUCUAUCAGAUGAUUAUCAGGAGGAUGAUAGUAUUCAAGGCAUGUGUGAACAAUGUGCUAGUGGACAGUGCGAUUCUGUCUCUUCAUCGGAAGAGCCAGCUGUGUCAGUUUCCAUGACCGAACAUGGGUGUCAAACUGAAGACAACAUAGAUGUUGAUGGUAAUCCUAUAAUUUUUUCACCUUUACCAAUUCCAAGACGGGAAAGGAGACACGCCGGGAGCGGAACACCGCAGUUUAUCGAGAAGAAAAUUUACGCAACGCCAGAUGAUAGAAGUGAAAGCUUCGAACGACAACGAUUAACACGAUUUUAUACUGAUGUAUUUGCAGUUGAUAAUCUAGACUUGGUCAAAGAUCUUGAGCUUGCUCUUUCAGAGGUUGACACUGCUUCAACCCCGGCCAUAGCCUCCUUGUCCACAAGCAUUUAUAACAGAUUGGAUAAUCUUUCAGAUGAUCAUGGAAGUUGCUGCUUAGCUGCUGGAUUAUGUACUGUACACUCAAGAAGGAUAUUGCAAGCUUCUAUCGAGUUUUGCAAAACCGUCGCGUUUCUUUAUACAGAUGAUGUGGUUGAACAACUGAUUGCAAUGUUCGAUCGACCCACAGAACGUGUUUCGCCCAAACAAAUCAGUAGUCCACCACCACCCGUUAACAUUCAUGGUCGCAAGUUCGCCACGGCGGUUCGUAGAAAUCCAGGUUCAGGAACAUCUGAUGUAACCAGAGGCACAGACACAGGGAGUGAAGUUGAUGCAUCUAAAAAGGAGGUUGAUGAAGCUAAGCUUUCUUCCGCAGCUGCAGAAAUAGCCAGUCUAUUCAGGAAGCAUCGCAGAGAAGUAGUUUUCGACUUGGAUGAGGAAGAAUGCGAACGAAGCAUUAGAACAUUACUAUCCGAUGUUGGCGGAUACAAUGUAGACGAUCUGAUACUUGAGAAAAUUCAUCACAUGAAAUUCGCAGAAAGUGAGUCUGCUUUGUUGCCGCUUCUUCAUCAACUCUUCGAAUACUCUCAAGCAUUAGCUGCUUCUGGUGAUCGUAUGGAAGAAAUGUUGGACGCUGCUAAGAAGAUGCAGAAAUAUCACCAAAGUACCAACGGCAUCAGAGCAGCCGAAGCCAUGCGGAAAAGCCAAGAAAAAGUUGCUGAGUUGGAUGCUGGUAUUCAAAAGAAAGACACAGAGUUGAAAGAAAAAGAUGAAUGUAUCAAAAAGCUGGAAGAGCAAUUGCAAAAGUCGGAAGUGGAGAAGAAAGCAGAGCGAGAAAAAACAGAGCAGGUUCAAGUGCAACUUAAAGAAGUUCGGGGACAGUUGAAAAAAAUGGAAAAGAAGUCCAAAAGUGAUGAGACUCGAAUUGCUUCCCUUCAAGCCGAAAAAAUUGAGACUGAUGAUAAGAUAAAGGCGUUCAAAAAAGAAAUCGAAAGUAUUAAGAAAAAAACCGUUGAUGAAAGGGCUAAAGCCAAGAAAGAGAAGGAACGUGAUGCUGAAUUAAUCCGGAGAAAUGAAGCCGACGCUUUGGAAAAAGAAAACGAGCGAGAACGAGAACGAGCAUCUUACGAAGAGAAAAUAUUAGUUGCUAAGAACAAAGAAAUCAAAUGGGAAAAGGAAAGAAAAGCUUUAACUGUGUCCCUCAAUGCCAUGACUGAACGUGUGCGAGCUUCUGAGAUCAGUCAGAUUGAGUUGAUGUUCAGUUAUGGAUCGACCACACUGAACAGAGCAAAAGAUGAUUGUCAUGCCGGUUUAUUUGAAGCAGAGGAAAAUCUGAAGCGGGCCAGAACGCAUGCUGAUAUGGAAACCAUGAAGAAAAGCAUGCAAGAAUGGCGCAGUGCUUCCGACGAAGUUGAUAAGCUUUUGGUAUCUCUGAAGACUGAUUACGAAUCUACGUUGGAACAAGUGACAAAAGGAACUAAAAAUCUCAGUCAAUGUGAAUUCAAGAUUCCAUCACUUCCUACUCUUCCCAAAACCGUUCGCGUACCCCCUGUGCAGAUAGUUCAACCUUCCCUAAUCCCCUCGCCAAGUAUAGCGCCUCCUCCUGCCGGUGUUAUUGGACAGCCUCGUACACCUCAAUUGCCUGGUAAUCGCUUCUCCCCAUCAGUUCACCUACGCGAUGUGCAUUCCCCAACCACGAGUGCAUCGAAUGUUAUGUUCAACAACCCGUCUCCUCCGUCUCAGCGUAAAGGAGCGGGAAGUGCAAUGCGCGUAGAGGAAGGUAACCCAGUGCCCGCUACGUCACCUUGGUCGUGGUCAACACCGUUAGGAAAUCUCUCUGAUAUGAUUCGUCCUGUCGUAGAUCAUCAAAAUCACAGCCACAACAAUCACGAGUUAUGGCCUGGUUCUGAAACUCCAAAUACUGCUCAAAUCCAUCGUCCAAUGUUUGCGCCUCCUGCUGGAUGGACAAAUGCUAGUCCACAAACGAAUUGGCGUCAAAAUCCAUCUAGAUCACCUGGAAUGCCCUUCUACGACAGCUAG